ACAACUCUGAAAAAAUCUGUGAUUCCACUCCGCUGUCUCUGACUUCUUGUCUUCGUUUCAGUCAAUUAUUCUCAUUUCAGAUUCAGACCCAAAACCAAAAGUUCUUACUAUUAUUAAUCAAACACUUUUGCUGCAUUUUAACAAACAAACACCUAAGAGACUGAAACAGAGCCUAAACCCUAAAGCCUCUUAUCAUCAAGCAUUGUGCCUUUAUAAGCGCGCGCGCGCACACCCAAAAAAAAAAAAAAAAAAAAUUUCCUGCUAACCAAACAACCAUAUUAGCUAUUCCUGGUUUUGAAACUCUUCUCCUACUCUCUUUCUUCCUCUCUGUUUGUGUGUGUUUUUGCUUGUAAGAGUUUGUUCUACAAGCAGAGUGAAUGAAAUUCCAAAAGUAGAGCUCGGAAAAGUGGCAGGGAGAGCUCUCCAUGGAAAGAGGAAAAGGCGUGGUGGCAGAGAAGAAAGGAACAAACGAGGUCGUUUUACAGAUUCGGGGUAGUGAAGAUUCCAAUUCAAAAGGCCCUUCAGUCAAUGAAACUGGUUCAUACUCUUUUUCAAUGAAUUCCCAAUUUGGGUCUUCGCCUAAAUCGAUUAAAGAUCAAAAUCUUGAGCAUAUAGAGCUUGAGAACCUCAAGAGCAGAGUCCAAAUGUCCACAUUUUCGAGCUCUCCUUCUCCAGCACCAAGUCCAACUGCCAAUAAGCCUCCAAAGAUCCCAAAUGAGGCCUUAACAAGACGAAAAUCACUUGCAAGGUCAGCCUUCUCAAAACCCAAGUCGAGGUUUGUGGAACCCUCUUAUGGUGGUGAAGAAUAUUUGGCUGCAGAGAAAACCCAGUUGGGGAAUACAAAUACAGGUACCUCUAAUAGGAAUUCACCUAGUGUGGCUUCCCCAAGUCACAGAGUCAGUGUGGGUAAUCCACGUGAGAACUUGAAAUCAGCACCGAUCACACCAAGAACGCCUUUGAUUGGAACAGGAGAGGAGGAAGAUGAUGAGGAAGUGUACAUGACAGCCAAUCUUAAAGUGUAUGAAAUAAAUAGUAAGAAGUUUAAAAAAAUGGCCUUGGUUGAGUGGAUUGCUUUUGUUUGUAUUAUGGGGGUUUUGAUUGCUAGCUUAAUUUUUCAUAAGUUGCAAAACGCUGUGAUUUGGAGUUUGCAUCUGUGGAAAUGGAGUGUAUUGGUGUUGGUAAUCUUCUGUGGUAGAUUGGUCACUGAAUGGUUCAUAAAUGUUCUGGUUUUCUUGAUUGAACUGAACUUUCUGCUUAAGAAGAAGGUCUUGUACUUUGUGUAUGGGUUGAAAAAGAGUGUUCAGGUUUUUAUUUGGUUGGGUUUGAUUCUUCUAGCAUGGGGCUUGUUAUUCGAUGGGGGUACAAACAGAACGAAGAGAACUUCUCGGAUCCUAAAUUAUAUUACAAGGGCUCUUGCUGGUUGUUUUAUUGGGGCAGCUAUAUGGCUUGUGAAGAAUCUUUUGGUGAAGUUACUGGCUUCUUCUUUCCAGUGUACAAGAUUCUUUGACCGGAUUCAGGAAUCAAUCUUUCAUCAGUACGUUCUUAGAACCCUUUCCGGGCCUCCAUUGAUGGAGAUGGCGGAAAAAAUUGGGAGCACAGCAAGUACGGGUCAUUUGAGUUUCACGAAUUUGAAAGAAAAAACUGAUGCAAAAGAAGAGGUAAUUGAUGUGGACAAGCUCAAAAAAAUGAAGCAAGAGAAAAUUUCUGCUUGGACCAUGAAAGGGUUGAUUAAUGUGAUAAGGGAUUCUGGACUGUCUACCAUAUCUAAUACACUAGACAGUUAUGAUACUGAUGAUGGCGAGCAGAGAGAUGAGGAAAUUACGAGUGAGUGGGAAGCAAAGGCUGCUGCUUAUCGGAUAUUUCAUAAUGUUGCAAAGCCUGGUAGCAAGUACAUGGAAGAGGAGGACCUCUUGCGCUUCAUGAAAAAGGAAGAGGUGGACAAUGUGUUUCCGCUAUUUGAAGGAGCAGUAGAAAGUGGAAAGAUCAAAAGAAAAUCUUUGAAGAACUGGUUGGUGAAAGUUUACCUUGAACGCAAAUCACUGGUACAUUCCUUAAAUGAUACCAAAACAGCCGUAGAUGAGCUGAACAAGCUUGUUUCAGUGCUUGUGCUUGUUGUGGACAUUAUAGUGUGUUUACUUUUGAUGGGAUUUUUAACAACUCAGAUACUAGUUUUCAUUUCAUCUCAACUUCUACUAGUGGCGUUUAUGUUUGGUAACACUGCCAAGACUGUGUUUGAAGCCAUCAUAUUUGUAUUUGUGAUGCAUCCAUUUGAUGUAGGGGACCGUUGUGUUAUUGACGGAGUUCAGAUGACUGUUGAAGAGAUGAACAUUUUGACGACAGUAUUCUUGAGAUAUGACAAUGAGAAAAUAUUCUAUCCAAAUUCAGUUCUUUUGACAAAGCCCAUCAGCAACUUUUACAGGAGCCCGGAUAUGAGUGAUUCUGUGGAAUUUGCUGUUGAUGUUUCUACAUCAAUAGAGAGUAUUGGAGCUUUAAAAGCAAGAAUAAAAACGUACUUGGAGAGUAAGCCUCAACACUGGCGUCCUGGCCACAAUAUACAGGUUAAGGAGAUUGAGGAUGUGAACAAGAUGAAAAUGGGUCUGUAUGUUACACACACCAUAAACUUUCAGAACGCUGGAGACAGAAACAGCCGGAGAUCGGAACUGGUCUUAGAGCUGAAGAAAAUUUUCCAAGAGCUUAGUAUUAAAUAUCAUCUGCUGCCUCAAGAAGUUCAUCUCAGAUAUGUUGGGUCAGCACCUCCAGCAUUUCAACCUUAGCGGUGACGAAUUCUCUUCAUUGUGCUAAAAUACUCCUCUGCUGCAAAGCAUGUGCAAAUGAGAGGGGGGGUGCCUAGAGUUCCAUUGUUUUGUAAAGCAAAGAGCAGGAUUUGUAAUUCAUCUAAAGGAAGAGUGAUGAGAAGAAUGAUUGAUUCAAGCUGGAUCCCAGUUCUUACCUGUAAAAUGAAUAAAAAGAGCAAUGUUCUCUGGCCAGAGAAUGAAAAUGAGCGGCGCUAGUGUGAUUAUGAUUUGUU